UUGUGUCAAAAAAAAAAAAAAAAAAAAAAAAAAAAAAAAAAAAGAAGAAGAAGGUUGUUUACUCCUUCUUCAAGUUCUGUGGAGGCCAGUUGGAUUCAAAGAUAUUAGUGUUACGAAAAGCCCUUUUAGAAGAGCACACAUGAAUUUAAUUUAUCGAGAUAGGCCAUUUUAUGUGGAAGUUUAGUUUCUGACCUUUGUUGAAGUCACAGAAAAUGAUGUGGCUCAAUUUUGGUGUUUAAAUCAAUGUGCACAAGGGCAUGAAUGAAAACUGGGUAGGCUGACAAGCCAUGCAAACGAAAAUGAAGCUAUUUACCCAGGAUGCCAUGAUCACUCUCAGCAUCCAGGCACCUGAAGGAAUCCUUCCCCUUCUGGCACGAGGAGCCCUCAAUCAGUGGACUUCAGAGCUUUCUUGUGUUAUGGGCACAGGUACUCCAAUUGCAAACUGUGUGAAAUUUAUUUUCCUGUUAUGUUUCAUUUUUUCCUAAAACAUUUAUAACAAAAGUAAUAUACAUCCAAUUCAGAAAACUGGCAAUUCUAGAAAAUCACAAAGAAGAAAUUCUUCAUGAGUUAUUCGGAGAAACAUACUAGUUGAUAUCUUCUCAGCCUUUUUCCAAUGAUAUAACUACUUAAAAAAAAUUGAGAAUAUGCUAAAUUGUGGUUUUAUUCCCUGAUUUAUUUCAAUAUAUCUUAAUAAUUUCCCCAGGCUAUUAAAUAUAUUUUUUGCAUCAACAUCAUUAAUAUUUAUAACACACAGUGGCUUAUUCUUUGGAUACACCACAAUUAAUUCAACCAAUAUACUUUUUUUCAGACAUUCAGUCUUUUUCCAUUUUUAAAAAUCAAAAAGCAUGUUGGGAUAAAUAUCUUAUGGGUAGACUUUUGUUCACAGCUCUGGUUAGAAGAAAUUGCGAAGAUAAAUUCCUAGAUGUGAAACUGCUAAGUCAGAUGAUACGCACAUGUUGUAGGGAUUUUGACACGUACUGUCAGGCUGUACUCCAGAGAGUUUGCACAAGUUUACACUCCCACCAGCACUAUAUGAGAGCACAAUCUUCUAGAACCUGUAUCAACACUGGCUGUGACAUUAAAAACAAAGCAAAACAAAAAAUAAAAUUUGCCAAUAGGAUAGAUUAAAAAACAGUAUUGAGUUUCUUAAAAAAAAAAACCUUAAAAUAAGACAAGUUUACUGAGAUAGCAUUACCUCAUUUUAGCAAUAAGAAACUGAGACUCAAAGCAAGUAAAAUAACUUGGAAACAGGACCUAUACUCAGGCUCAUUUGUUGGCUCAUCAGUUUAACCCAGAGUCUCCCAACUGUAUGUGGGGCACACUGGUGUAAUACAACUUGCUGAGCUUCUUCUUUCCUGGGUCUGCUGAGGGCCUGGGGUGGCUGGAGUCUUGAGUUGGGAUGCAAUCACCUGGGAGGAGCUUCCUGUGGGCUUAAAAGCACCUUCAGUUUACUCCAUUAUGCAAAUAGCCUAAUACUGCAUUCCCUGAAAUCGAAACAACUGUAUAUAAUGUGGUGAGCAAGACAGGUGUGGUCCUUGUCCUGGGGGCACUGAUGCUGUAGUGGUGGUCAGUUCGUGGCCAAGGCAAGCAUGUGUGGCACAGCAGGGAACACGGGGCAGUCAGGGGCACCUAACCUAGUUUAUGCUGGGUGGUGGACAGGGGGUGUUUCUAGGAAGAAGUGAUGUGUAAACUGAGACCCGAUGGAUGGGUGGGAGAUGGGCGGAAAGGGUGGAGAAGAGAGUUGCAGGCAGUGGGAACAGUGUGUGAGAAGGCCAAAGAGGAGAAGAAUGGCAAGUUUAUGUUCCACAUAUCUGGAGAGUAGAAUGAGGGUGGGAGGUGUCAAGAGAGCACAGAAAUUAGGAAGGCCACAUACAGAGACCUCUGGGCAAAUGCAGACUCAGUGAAGUCUUCCAGAUUUUAAAAAGUGGAAGAAAAUGAUCAGAUCUGCUUUUUAGAAGGACUACUCUGCCUGCCAUGUGGAAGUCAGCAAAGAGAGACAAGCAUUUGUUUAAUUCACCUCACAAGAGAGGCUCAAGUUAGGCAUUUUAAAGGAAGAAGAAUCGUGGGCACACCACCACAUAAUUUUUAUCAAAUGCUUCGUUGAGAGAAACAGCCUUCAGCUAGCUUGUAUCUUUAAUCUAUCUUCCAGAUUUCCUAAAAUGCAUUGGUGGAGCACAUUAGAAGCAGAGAGCGGGCCCUCCUCUCCCACUGAACGGCUCUUUGGUCUAAUGACAUGAGGGUGAUCAUGGUUUGCACUUUAAGUUCUGUUAUUCUUGGCUCCACUUUGUCUCUUCUUAGUCUUCUUUUUCUGGACUAUUUUGUCACAUUUUACAUACAUUUACAAGUUACUUGAACUCUUGUUUGAAAUAAGGCAGAGGAGGCCGGGCGCGGUGGCUCACGCCUGUAAUCCCAGCACUUUGGGAGGCCGAGGCGGGCGGAUCACGAGGUCAGGAGAUCGAGACCAUCCUGGCUAACACGGUGAAACCCCGUCUCUACUAAAAAUACAAAAAAUUAGCCGGGCGUGGUAGCGGGCGCCUGUAGUCCCAGCUACUCGGAGAGGCUGAGGCAGGAGAAUGGCGUGAACCCGGGAGGCGGAGCUUGCAGUGAGCCGAGAUCGCGCCACUGCACUCCAGCCUGGGCGACAGAGCGAGACUCCGUCUCAAAAAAAAAAAAAGAAAAAAAAAAAAAAAAAGAAAUAAGGCAGAGGAAAAAAGUUAAAUAAAGGGGUAACUAGAGGAUUUUCUUUAGAAUAUUUGUAUACAAUGAGACAUCAGUGAAAAAAAAGUAAAGGACUCUCUUUGGAACUGUUAAGUAGAAGGAGGACAAACAAUAAUAAUGGUUUUGGAAUAAAGAGAGAAUAUAUCAAAUAAUAUGUGGGUUAUUAAGUUUGAUUUACCAUGAAAUCUUUAAAUAUCAUGGUUAUAUUCAGGUUGUUGAAGUUUAGCUGUUUUAAUCAAGAGAUCUAUCUUUUAGAUAGAAAAAGGUUAGAAAAGAGUGUUCAUUUUUCAUCUCAGUUAAACACAACUAUGAUUUUCUGCCUUAGUGCUCAUAAAAUGUGGUCAGAGCUAAAUCUCAGAGAUCUCAAACACUAUUAUGUCAAAGACUGAUUUCUUGUUAUUUUAGGUCAAUUAGUCUAUAUACUCUUUCUCUUAAUCAUACCAUUCAGACUUUGAUUAAAAAAACAAACAAAAACCAUCAGCUCUUCCCAUUCCUAGAUGGAUUUUUGAAAGCAUCCCAAGCCUGGAGACGCACACAGGCACACACACAUACACACCUGAGUUUUCUCCUUUCAUAAUUUAUUCAAUAUUUAAAUUUUUUGUGGAAUAUGUUUUUUUUAUUAGUCCUUUUACUCCUUUUUAUCAUUUAAAUUCCUUAGCAGUUUGCUUCCAGUUCAAGUGUUACUCUGACAUCUGGUUUCUAGAAGCAAGAUGAGGAGAAGAAAGGCUAAGCUGGCCUUCUUGGGUGUCUCUGGGCUCAGUUACCUUAGGAAAGAGGGCCUCAUUGGAAUUUCUGGGUAGAUCCUCCACACCAUGAUUCUAAGUGUGGCUCCUGGACCAUCAGCAUCACCUGGGAACUUGUUAGGAAUCCACGUGGUCUGGAAGCUCUCUGAGAUUUGAUAACUACUAUACCAUUACCAAUGUGAUGCUGGUCCCCAUCUGGCCAAGCUACAUAUGCUGAGCCAACAUAAGCCGCUCCACUCCAGUGCUGACUGCGGCCGGCCUGGUUAGGUCACCCACUUUCAGUUGUCUUUCAUUAUAUAUCUCUUGGCAUGUUCUAGUGGAAGAAUAGAGGGCUGUGAACUAGCUCUGUUAUCAAUUAGCAGAGGAACUUUGGAUGUAUCCUUAGACUUCUGACUUGCCUGCACUAUCUACUUUGUUUUAAUUUAAUCAUACAGCUACAAGUGUUUUGAUCAUUAAAAGUACUUAAAGGGCAAGAUGAAGCAAGUGUGGUAAAAGUCUUGAUAGUUGUUGAUUCUGGGCCAUGAGUAUGUUGAGGGUCCACUGUACUCACUCUACUAUUCCAUCUGUUGGGAUUUUUCAUAAGAAAUAUGUUUUAAAAAUACUUUAAUACUUUUUAUUAUUAGUGCUAAAUUCUGGUUUCCUCAUGGAACCAUAACUAAGCAUGCUGAGUAGGAUCAGGUGGUCUGCAUUCUAGUUCUGACUCUGAAGUUAACUAGUUAUUUAAAAGUGGGUAACUUAUUUAACCUCUCUGGUCCUUGGUUUCCUCAACUGAAAGGGUGUAUUAUGGCUCUUUCAAUGGCAAGACUGAAACUUUCAAGUCAAACUUGCUUAGGUAAAAAGGCUCAAUAAAAAGACAAUAGGGAAGGCGGGUUUCUACUUGUUUAGCCGUGUGAUCUUGAGCAAAUUAUUUAAUCUGUUGGCCUUAGAUUCUUCAUCUGUAAGAUGGGAGGUAUUAUAGAGUUGUCUUAAGAAUUAAAUACAAUGAUGUAAAUAAAGCACUUAAAAAGUGCUUGUUAAAUGAGCACAUAGUGUUGACUUGUUCAUUCAUUCAUUCAUUCAAAUUUCUCAUUGCCUAGAUAGCCACUAUGCUAAGUGUAGCUGUACAGCAGUGAACAAAACAGCAAGAGUUUAGUCUAGAAAGGAAGACAGACCUUAAACAAACACAUGUAACUACCAUGAACUCUCCAAUUGUAAAAUCAGCUACAAGAAAGAACAGAUGAAAUAAGACAGAAUAAUUUAAAUAGGAAGGACCUAUUUAAAUAGAGCUGGAGGGAGGGGCUGAUAAACUUGCCAUAAAUUGUUUCCCCUGAUUUAUUUUGUCAGACUUAUAAAGACUUAUGAAUACACCACUAUUUUUAUCUUCAAUUUUAAUUUUACUUACAAUUUAAUUUUAUUAUACCAAAUUACAAAAAGUGGUAUAUUGAAAAGCUAGAUUGAUCACAUACAAAACAUGUUUUUUAAAUGUUGGUGCUCUUGCACUGCUGCAACAGUAGCUGUAAUGGCCUUUUAUUAAGAACAGAGGAAUUAAUAUCUCUGUGAGUGAUUCUUGCUGGAUUGAAUUUAUAUAAGAACAAUCUGAAAUAGAGUUGAACAGGGUGUGAUAAUAUUGCAAAAAAAGUUCUAAUUUUCAACAACACAGAAUAAAUGUGUGAAUAAGAAAAACAGCACUAUUUGAUGGGGGUGGGCAGAAAAAGACUAAUUUUCUUGAACAAAAAAAUUCUUUUAUAUUCAUUCACUCAUGCAUGCAAAUAGGUUCAUGGUUCAUGCUGAGGGUUGAAUGAUGAUUUAUUUCAAAACUCAUAUACAAAACUGAAUUACAUUUUAAAUUAAGAUGUCUUUCUACUGAGCAUCACUGCUUGAGAUUUUUCUACCUCUGCCUUUCCUGCCCAAGGCUACUGUAGAAAAGAAACUGAUGGAUUGAGAGUGGGGAAAAAUUGGUCCACAUAUUUCUAUGAAUUAUUUUUUUCUCCUUUUUAAAUAUAACAUUGUUUUGUUUACUAAACAUCAGCCCUUACAUAGCUCUACGAAAGUAUAAUUUUCUACAGAAAUUAAGAACAAAUAAGAGAGAAACAAGAUUUAAUUUGGUGCCUAUUUAUUGCACUUAAUAAAUGUGAUUUAAAUUACCUGACUUUUAAAUAACUUCCUGGAAAAAUGUGGCCUUUCUGUUAAGUAAUGUCUCAGAGAAGCCUAUGAAAUGUUAAGUCCAGAAAGCUUUAUAUUUUGAGCAGCUCUGCAGGUAAUUAGUUUAGACAAAAAUUAAUUUCAUACUUCUUGGUCAUUCUUCCACAAUAAAUGACUUUGAAAUUACAAAAUAAAAUAUCCUUUCUUCAAAAACAAAAGAAAAUGCAAAACCUUAAUCAAACCAAGACAAUUUAACUUUAAUUUCCUGCGUAAAUCCCACAUUGGAGCUUGGAAAUGAGUUUCUGGAGAAAGCCUCUACAGAAAACUGUUUUGAAAAUGUCUCCCCAGAAUCUUAUUUAGGAGUUUUCUAUUUCUGAACAUGUCUCAAGUUAUAGAUAUUGUAGAGUGGCAGACGACUGAUGUAAAUUCAGAACUUAAGGAAAUUGUGAAGAAAAUGAGAAAACAAAACCUAUUUUAAAAGAAAAUUAAAUUUUAAAACAUGUUUAAAAGAAAUGCGAAGAAUGUAAGAAGAAAAUAUAUUUGGCAUAAUUACAUUCAGAACGUGGAGAUUGUGGUUUCACACACACAGACACCUUUUUAUUUAUUUAUUUAUUUAUUUUAAGAAAUGGGGUCCCAUCUCUAAAAAAUGCUCAAACUCUUGGUGUCAAGUGAUUCUCCCACCUCAGCCUCCUGAGUAGCUGCGAUUAUAGGCAUGCAUCAUGAUGUUCGGUGCAGAGACUGUGGUAUUAUAUUAAUAAUUUUUUUCAAGGAAGAAAACAAACCAGAUCUACGCUGAAUGAGUUUUGAAAGCUGACUGAAAGAAUCCUGUUAAUCUAGAAGGAAGAGAAGAAAGAUUGCCUAUAAAAGAAAAAAGAAAAAAAUACCAAAAUGAAUCUCCCUCAUUGCUGACCACUGAGAUUCAGCCUUCUUAUUCAGAGGGGAGUACGUGGUGAUCCCUGAAUUAUGCUACACCAAUUCAUCUUAAAUUAAGGGUAAUUUGUACAAAGACUUAGGAAUUUUUAAGGAGGAGUGAUUCCUAUUGUCCCAGCUAUGAAAAUCAGAGUUUCCAGCAUUGUAGUCCAAUCUCUUAGUCUGUUUUUCUAAUUCCUUGAGGGCAGGGACCAACUACCGAAUCCCUCCAUUACUCCUGGAUCCCAUAACACCCAGUGCCUGCCACGUGACAGACACAUACCUUUCCUUUCUCCUGAUUGAGCCAGAUAGUUGAAUUCUCUGAUCUGCCUCCUUAUUUUUAAUUUAUAGGACUCUACUUAAAAAAUAGCUUUGUUCACCUGCACCAAAUAGCGUCAAUGAAUUUUAAAGAGUCUUUGAAAAGCUUAAAUAAAACACAAUUUAUAAAGAAUGAAGCUGGGAAAUAAAACUAUCCAUCUCUGCUGCUUUGGAGACUGGCAGCUGCGUGCACGUGCAGCUACCCGGAGGUAUAGUGCUGACCUCUUACUCCAUCUCCUUACCUGCCCCUUGGGACCAGGACCUUUGGCCAGGGACCAUGUUUACAAAUGCAGACAUCUACAAGGACCAGCCUGGCACAGCAGGCCAAACAAAAAAUGCUUCUUCAGGAUUUGGUCUAUUGGCCAUUAUUUUGCCAUCUCUGAUCUGUUCUGUGAACGUGUCUAAUUAACUGUGCAUCUAGCUCCUUUGCCCUAGAAUUGGCCCCCUUACCCCCUGAAACACUUCUCUCCAUCUUUUGUAUGGCCAUCUCUUACUCAUCCUCUAAGACUCAGCUUAGACAUCAAAAAACUCCUCCAAGGACAUUUUCUCUCUCCAUUCUCACCUUCCUGAGCCCCUCCACAUGGUUGGUCUCCAUGUCUGUCCCCAAGCUCUCACAGCACUUCUUAGACCUCAUGCUAACAUGAGCUGCUGCCAUGGCUGCCCAUCCCCUUAUGCUGUGUUUUUUCAGUGCAGUGACUUUGCACUACUCAUCUUUAUAUUCUCUGAACUUAAGAAUGGUGCCCAAAUGAACCUUUACAAACCAUGCAAAAGAGAGAACGCUAUGGUAUGACUUCCACUCAUCUAACACCAACCAAUGAAAACAGCAUUUAAUUGUGUCCCAUCUUUUCACAUCGUCUUAUGUGAAAAGAGAGGAAUCAAAGUGAAGAGACAUUAGGCAAAAUGACCCUAGAUUAUUAGUAAAAGAUAUUUGCUCCUAAAACAUAUGUUUUAAUUGGCUACAAGUGAUAGACUAAGUUACUAUGACAGUUAACUCUUCAUAUUCAUAUUUAUUAGACUAUCUGGGCAUUUUCCGAUUAUACAAAGGGAGAUGAGAACAGAAGAAUCCUUCAUCCCUAGGAAUACUGUCACAGCUCACAACGCUUGAAAAUAGUCACAAAUGCUUUCUUUUUUCUCAUGAUGAGAGAAAGGAGUGUAACUUUCAGAAAAUCCCAGCAGCGUUCCUCUUGUUCAACCAUUGUAAUGACUAAGCAUGACAAUAUGUACAAAAAGUUUUUGUGAACUCUUCAUACCAUGGUUAAUAGAGAACAGUUUUAUUUUAAGAACAAGUUCUCUACAUUAACACCACUAUUAUUAAGUUGAGGCCAAAUUUGUUCUUCCUGCCACUUCACUGGUUAACACUACAAAAAAAGAAAUUUCUAUACUUAUAAAAUGUUUAUGUUCUUAUUACAUUAGCAAUAUAUACACACCAAGAGACUAAUCAUAACAACCCUUAGAAACUCUGCAGAGCUUUAGCCUGGCUGGGUACCCGUCUGCUAGACUAGUGUGCCUGGGUGAUGAAUAAUAUCCACAGCUCCCCUGCAGCCCACAAAAUGUUUACAUUUGCUUAAGUGCUUACUGGUAAAACCCUCAGUAAAUUUGAAAAAUGUCUCCUGUAAAGCCCUAUAAUACUUAAGCUAAACCCUGUUCUUUAAGUUAAUAAUGCCAAAUAAACAAUCCAUUCAUUUCAUUUCUAAAACUCCAUCUUCAUCAUUCAUUUCAAAACCAGGUAUUGACUGACCCCAAUUCCAAGUGUUUUAAUUUAUCCUCUCUAAAUAACCUUUUGCUCUGCUCUUAUCGUGCAAUCUCUCCUGCUUACAGCCCACACCUAAAGCUUACAUGUUAUGGAUCACUCUCAUCUGAUCCAUUAAGUUGGAAAAACUAAUGCUGACAUGUAUUAUUUCCCUGUCAGCGUCACCAAGCUGGAAAAUAGAUAAUUCAAAAGAGACAUAAUCAAAAUACAGAUGUCUCUGAAAUAACAAGAAGAAAGGCCCAGUCCUGGCUCCGCCUGCAGGAAGCUUUCACUGUCCACUCUGUUCUUCUUCUUUGUCUGACUUUCCAGAGAAAUUCUUGUUUGUACUGAUCUAUUCAUUUCAUUCAACACAUAUUUCUGGGCUGCCUUAUGCUGUCUGUUAAGCAUUUUAUACAUGUGGCUAGUUUUUCACCUAGAUUAUAAAACUUUGAGCAUUAUAAAAACAAAACUGACAGUGCUUGUACAUUACAGGUGAUCAAUACACUCUUGAUGAAUUGAAGAAAAUAAUUAUUUGAUUCUAAAAUAUUUAAAAGAAACAGUAGGCCUUGACGUCCUUAAGAAAUAUUAAAUUAGGAUAGACCAGCAAAAAGGAUAUCACUAAAAAUAUAUAUAUAAGAUACCUUAAAAAUAUAAGUCUGAAGGACCUCAGGUUUGAUAAAAGAUGGUAGAUGAACGGUGUCUACAUCUCUCUGUCUUCUCUGAAAACAAGGAGAACAUGAACAGAAACUCCAAUUUUAACCGAACUAGGAAACACAUCUCUGAAGCGAAAUUAAGACUUGGUAAAUAUUAAGAAUCUCUUUGGCUUUAAUUAUAACACACAGAAAGAAUUUGACAUAAUGUGUUUGUUGAAAGUUGGGGAGGUGGAUUAUAGCUAGAAAGUUACAAAGCAGAAUCAUAGCUUUAGAUACACAUCUGGCCAAGUGCCAUGUAAAGUCCCGUGGAAGCUGCCCUGGAUCCUUCCCUUUGCCUUAAGUACUUUUGUCCUCCCAUUCCCAUCCCUAAUGCUUAAUUGUCCUUAUAACCCUUUCCUUUGCCCCAGGGAAAUGGAACUAUGAGGCCCAAGCUGGAGCAAUCAAAUUUUCUCUCAUAAAGAUUUGGAAUUGGGACAGGGAACUCAGCUGGAGGACCUAGGGGCUAAGGCUGAGGUUGCCAUUUUGAUAUGAGUCCAUUUAAGUGAAGAGUGGUUGGAAGGGCCGCCAUGCAGAGAGAAAAAUGCAGUGAAAGUACAGAGAAAAGCAGAGAUGAAUGGUGAGGCUGGAAGCUGAGCUGCAACUAGUGAAGUGGUGAGCAGGCCACCCUUUCCAGAAGUCGGCUACAAAGAGGAGAAAUAGAAGAGUAACUGGAUGGAGCAGCGAAUUUAAUAGAUUUUUGUCUAAGACAGAAGGACAACCUGUCAAAUAUGAAGUCAGAAGAGAAGGAACCAAUGAGGCAACAGGGCUGGCAGAGGUGCUGGGAGAGCCCUCAGGCCCCACAACCUCCAUUCAGGCCAGCUGGUCUCCAGGUCUUACAGCACGGAAGACCAUAAGACAGAAAAGGGGUCCCAAGGACCCCCGGAAACAUUCCAAAAUAGGUGUUAGACUCUGGCAGCUAUAAUCUGCUAGGGCAAAACACCUAGUUUUAUCCUCCUGAGAAGAACUGAGGUAUAUUUUAGAAGAAAUAUUAGGAACGUUCACUUUCAACCACUUGUCUCCUGCUGUCCCCUCCUCUUGGCCACCCUAAAACUACUUAAUCCUUUUAUCCUAUUAGGACCAGUGUUGCAAGCAGAUAUGCAGCUUCGUUAAGUAGAAGGUGUUCAAGGACACUGGCUGCCUGUGUGAUAUGUAAGAGGUACAGGGAAGGGAGUUACUAGUGAUGAUAUAAAACUGGCAAAGAAAUGGGCUCAGAGGUGUCAGAAACAAACUACUUGAUUUGGCCUCUGCCAAGUCCCACUUACCAGUAUGAGUAUCCAGAAUGGAAGCCGUGGGUCCCUGAGGCUGUGAGGUGGCUGCGCUGACACAGCCUAAGGAGAACAGAUGCAGUGGUUUCGCUCCAAGUAAUAGGGAUAAACUCCAUGGUGAGAAGCUGACAGCGGAGGUUAAGACAGCUCCAUUGUGACCCCUCUGGAGCACUUUUCUCCAGACUUCCUCACAUGUAGGAGCUCUUUAGCCAAAUGCACCACGACUCUAGAUUUAUCCAUGAGCAUCUGGGAUGCUUCCUAAGUGAUGUGAUGUACAGUGUACUCAAGUUCAUCAAGUGGCCCCGAGCCAUUAAAGACUCUGAUAAAUAAUUCUAUCAUAAAGGCCCCAGAGCUGACAUAAAAAGCAGAAAGCCACGGGGUCAAGUGUUUCCACAGGAACUACAUUUGGUAAAUAGAAGCUGUAAAAGGGUGUUUCUAUUAACCACUUGCAAUUAUUGUAAGGCCACCGUCUUUUCUGGAAUGGAUGGUCAAAAUAGCUAAUAAUUUCUUGUGUCCCUGGAAGUUUUAGGAUGAAUUUAAAUAGGAGGAAAACAGGGAGACCAGUAUUUUCCCAAACAUGAUAAGACAAUCUUUUUUUUAAACUAUAAGUGAUACCUCAGACAUAUGGAGUUGGUAUUUUCUUUUUUUUCCUUUUGUGUCUGCUCCCAGACUAGAACUAAACAACCAAAGUAAAUGCUUGGCACACUCUCAAGGAAGCACAGCUCUGCCUUGCACCAGUGCCAGAAGCCCCUAGAACAGUGACGGAGGCAACCAGAUGAAGAAGACGAGACAUUCCUCUCCCAGCAGUGUGAGAGACACCUGGCGACUGCUGGCAGGAAUCAGCAUUUCACACAAGCAAUCAACAUAACUAAAACUUAAGUACUGUCCUCUGUAUUCUCCUUGGGAAAAUGAAACAAAUGACAAUGUCAUUGCAUUGAUUUUGUUGUCAUUAAAUGGUAUUUUAGCUAUAAACAUUUUCCCCUUUGAUUUGCAAAAAAAAAUUAUAGAAAAUUUCUAUGUUGCUUAAAAUGUAAAGGGUUUUUACUGUAACUAUUUCAAAAACAGUCAAUUAUCUUACUAUUCCUUGUUUAUUACAUAUAUUCAAGGUCACUUUCUCCAUCAUUUGAAACAACAUAGACAAAAGGGAGCUCAGUAACAAACAGGCAAGCAGCACCAAGACUGGCACUCAAAGCUGUAUUAGGACCAGAUGCAUUUUCAAUUUCUUGAAACAGUGGAGCUGCAGUUUAUUCAGUUUAUUUAGGUCAGCCCUAAGGUGAAACUACAUUAUAUUCAAAAUUAUCCUUUAAAAUCCCCUGAACUCAUCCAUAAAGUACAUGGAAGGUUAUGUAUGUACAAUUCUGGAAAAUAAUGACUGUGUUCACUAGAGUUUGAGAAUCACUCAGUUAAAUUAAGAGGGAACAAAAGAAAAGCCUAUAUUUAGAUGGCUGGGCAUUCAAACCAUUCUGCCUUUAAGGAGACUCUCAGUAGAGGAGAGGUGGAGAAUUCUAUGGGGUUCUGUUUCCCUGCGGGGUUUACUCUAUUAUUCUUCAUGCUACAAGCAUCGGCAGGCUGGCUAAACAGAAAUGUAUUUCUGUUGGUGCUGGCUGUGAGGAUUUGACUGAACAGGGGAGCUGCACCUUCUCUGGGAUUACGUUCUAAUGUCACCUCUGCUCCUCUCCCUUAUAAUGAAUUACAGGUAGACAGAGCUAUAGCACUGUAACAAAGGUGAAGAUACACAUAGGCAAUAGAGACGGGAACAUUUCAGAGAAGAGUAGGCAAUGGUAGCCAGCCUGAAUUUUGAGCUGAGUAACAGCAGAACUUCACUUCUGCUGUGACCACCCUGGUCCAAGCUAUCAUCAAGUCAUGGCAGGAGCUGCCCCAAGUCUCUCUCCUGGGAUUCUAUGGUCUAUUUUACCCAGGCAGCUGAGGGGUUCUUUUAACCUAAAUCUGAUCACACCAGCCCCAUUUGUACAACUCAUUUCUGGCUUCUCCCACUGCACAUGGAGUUCCAGCCCUUCUGACUUCAUCUUGUGCCACCCUGCCCCUUGUUCAUUAUGUUCUCACCACACUGGCCUUUCUAUUUAUAGUGUCAGGUAGAAGCCCACUCUGGCCACCAUACGUUCCCCCAGAUCUCUGCAUCACUCUCCUUCAGUUCUCAACUCCAAUCCACUCCCUCCCAGUGCCUUCCCGCUCUGGAGUGCUCUCUCCCAAUUGUUCUGUAUUAUCAUUCUGUCUCUUUCCUUGGCACCAUUGAUGCCCACCUAGAAUGAUCUUUUAGAGCUCAACUGUUCACUGGCUAAAGUUCUACCUUCCCCACCUGACUGGAAUGAAGGCAGGGAUCAGGUCAUGCUGGUCAUAUUCCAGCAUUUAGCACAGAGUGUAACAUCCAGAGAUGCUGAGGACACAAUUCUGAAAAAAGUAGUAACAAUGAUGACAGCAGUAUCAUUUACUGACGGCUUUAAAAGAACAGUCGUUUUCUCACAUAACUCUAUGAGGUGGAAGGCACGAACCUCAUUUUAUAGGCAAGGAAACAGAGCCUCAGAGAAGUUUAGUAAUAUGGUCAGGCUUGCAUGGUGAAGCAGGCGGAGGAGCUAGGCUUUGAUUCCAGGCAGUCGGACCCCAAAAUCUUAUGUUCUACAACAUUCUAUUCCCCAAGGAAAAACCAAGUGCUCUGAAAAUCUAGUCUAAAACAGACCAUAAUUUUCAAUACACAAAUUUACCCAUUGCAAGUGUACAGUUAGUUCUGAGUUAAAAAAAAAAAAAGGUAAACAUAGCGUAACCACCACCACAAUCAAGAUAUAGAACAUAUAAAUUUAUCUUUUCAAAAAGUUUCUUAUGCCCCUCUGUAGCCAAUUCCCUCCUGUCACCCCGCCCCCGCCACCCCCCACCGCCCCGUUCCCAGUAACCACUGAUCUUACUUUUGUGCCUAGUUUUGGCUUUCCAAAAUGUCAUAUAAAUGGAAUCAUACGACAUGCUGUCGUUUGUCUCUGUCUUCUUUCACUUAACGUAGUGCUUUUGAAACACACCCGUGUCACUGCACGUACCAGUGGUUUGUUCCUUUUAAUUUCUGAGUAGUAUUUCAGCCGUAAUUUGUUUAUCUAUUCAUCAACUGAGGGAUGUUUAGGUUGUCUUUAGUGAUAUUUAAGCUAAUAUUCAUAUACAGAUCUUUGUAUGGACGUGUGUCCAUGCAUACAUAGGAAUGGGAUUGUAUGGUAAAUUUUGUUUAAAUUUAUUGAAAUCUGCCAAACUGUUCUUGGAAUUGAUUGUACCAUUCUGCAUUCACACUAGCAAUAUAUGAGAGCUUCAGGUAUUCCACACCCUUGUCAGCACUGCAUUGUUGUUUUUAAUAAAUGUUAAUUAUGCUAAUAGGUGUGUAGUGGUAUCUCAUUGUGUUUUUAAUUUGCAUUUCCCCUAUGAUUACUGAUGUUGGAAAUCUUUUGCUUAUUUAACGUCUGUAUUUCUUCUUUGGAGUAGGGCCUAUUUAAAUCUUUUACGCACUUUUUUUUUUUUUUGACAGGGUCUUGCUCUGUCACCCAGACUUGAGUGCAGUGGCAUCAUCUUAGCUGACUGCAACGUCUGCUUCCUGGGCUCAAGUGAUCCUCCCUCCUCAGCCUCCCAAGUAGUUGGGACUACAGGCACAUGCCACCAUACCUAAUUAAAAAAAAAAAUUUUGUAAAGAUGAGGUCUCACUAUAUUGCCCAGACUGGUCUCAAACUCCUGGGCUCAAGCAGUCCUCCUGCUUCGGCCUCCUAAAGGGCUAGGAUUACAGGCGUGAGCCACUGUGCCCGGCCCCUUUUGUCUAUUUUUAAGGUUGUUUUCUUAAUGAGUUUAAGACUUCUUUCUAUAUUCUGUACAUGAGUUCUUCAUCAUGUCUGUAUUUUACAAAUGUUAUCUCCUACUCUGUGGCUUGUAUUUUCAUUUUAAGUGUCUUCUGAAGAGCAGAAGUUUUUAAUUUUGAUGAAGUACAGUUUAUCUACUUUUCUUGCAUGGUUUGUGGCUUUUGUGUUUUAUCGAAGAGUCCUCUGCCGAGCCCAGUUUCACUGGGGAGCAGCCCAUGUUGUCAUGCUGGAAGUGGAAUUCCACAGCUGAUUUUGGAAUACUGACCUUGUAUUCUAUACCCUUGCUAGAUUUACUUAUUACUCCUAGUAGCUUUUCUGUAGAUUCCUUUGAAUUUUCCACGUAAACAAUCACAUUGUGAAAAGAAUUUCGUUUCUUUCCAAUGUAUGUGCCUUUUCUUUCUCUCUCUUGCCUUAUUAUAUACUAGUCAGGAGCUCCAGAACAACACUGACCAAGGUCCAGUUCCUAUAGAACAGCCUUCACAGUGUAGUCUGGUCCGUACAUUUUCCUUAACCUCUUCCCAGUUUUACUUCCUCACAAUUCUCCUAUAUACAUCCUUCCCUCUACAGCUGGCCAGGUUGCCUGUUUUUAUCCUUACACAUAUAUUUUGCACUCGCAUCUUUGCAUCUUUGCUCACCAUGUUCAUCUUGCCUGACAUGGUCUUUGCUUCAUUCUCUACCUAUCCAAAGUCUGUCUGUCUGUCAAGGUCUACAGCCUGUCUCUCUAUCUUGAUGUUCAUUUUGUCUCUUCGCUCAUUCUCCACUCCUGUCCGAAUGGCCUUCUCAUCGCCUUGACAGCAGAUGCCAUGUAUUCCUUCUUUGGUAUCUUUACUUCUGUAUUUCUCCCACCUAGGAGGUCAUUUCUUUCUCUUAUCAUCCAUCCACCUGUCCAUCCAUCCAUUAUUAAGCAUUAGCUACCUGCCAGGUAUAAUGGCUAGCAUGCAAGCUCCACGACAGCAAUAAUUUUUCUGUUUUGUUCACCUCUGUAAUAUAGUAUUGAAAAUGGUGCCUAAAACUGUCCAUGUGACAAGAGUAUUAAUACCCAGAAUGUACAAGGAAUUCAAACAACUCAAUAGUAAAAACAAACAAACAAACAAACAAAUAAUGCCAUUGAAAUGUGGGCAAAUGACAUGACAUUUUUUGAAAGAAGACAUGCAUGGUGGCUCAUGCCUGUAAUCCCAGCACUUUGGGAGGCCAAGACAGAAAGAUCACUUGAGGCCAGGAGUUUGAGACCAGCCUGGGCAACAUAGUGAGACACUGUGUCUACAAAAAAUUUAAAAACAAAAUUAGCUGGGUGUGUUGGCUCGCACUUGUAAUCCCAGCACUUUAGGAGGCCGAGGCAGGAGAAACGCUUGAGCCCAGGAGUUUGAAACCGGCCACACAAAGUAAAAAAAAAAUUACCUAGGCCCAGUGACUGGCACCUGUAAUUCCAGCUACUUGGGAGGCUGAGGUGGGAGGAUCACGAGUUCUGGAGGUUAAGGGUGCAGUGAGCCAUAGUCCUGCCACUGCACUCCAGCCUAAGUAACAGAGCAAGACCUGUCUCAAAAAAAAAGAAAAAGAAAAAGAAAAAAAGAAGACAUACGAAUAGCCAAAAGGUAUAUGAAAAAAUGCUCAACAUCACUAAUCAUCAGAGGAAUGCAAAUUAAAACCAUACUGAGAUAUCAUUUUACCCCAGUCAGAAGAGCUAUUGUUAUCAUAAAAAGACAAAAAAUGAAGAUGUUGAUGAGGAUGCAGAGGAAAGGGAACUCUUACACACGGUUGACGGGGCAUGUAAAUUAGUAUAGCCUCUAUGGAAAAUAGUAUGGCGAUCUCCCAAAGAACUAAAAAUAGAACUACCAUUUGAUCCAGCAAUCCCACUACUGAGUAUCUACCCAAAAGGAAAGAAAUCAACAUAAAUCAAAAAGAUACCUGUACUCGUGUUUAUUAUAGUACUUUUCAUCACAGCAAAGAUAUGUGUUUUGUCUUAAAUAUGUUUGGUGAAACAGUGAUCACUUACGGAAGACCUAUCUGCCAGUUGAGUGGAAGACAGAUGGAAGGAGGGUUAGGAAGAAGGCAGAGAAGUCAGCUGGGAUGUGCUGUAAUAACCCACGCAAAACUGAUGAUGGGCUGAAGCUAAAGCACUGAGAUGAUGUGGAGAAAGCACAAAAACAAGGACAAUUGGAAACUCCUGGAAAACUGCCCAGUCACCCAACGAAAAAGUCUUGGAAAAUCCCUAUGUCACCUGACCAAUUCCUCCUGACUGUUAGCGCCCUGCAGCAAGCCCAUAAUUCCAGGGAAUUUGCCUAUCCCUGUAGGCCCCAAACAGAAAUUACUGAUGUCUGGGGACCUUCAAUUUCAUACCCAAGGAAGGUCUUGAAUUUCAAAGGAAAAUCAAUCCAACGUGCAGUUGAUCAGUUGAGAUUGAGCAAUCCUCCUAUGGAUGUGAAACGAACCAGUAUUCCCCUUGAAAUCCAGAAACUGCAGCCCAACUUGAAGAUCUCUUUGCACAGUCCUAGAGUCCAGUCCACCAUACCCCAGCCCAUGAUUAUCCGCUCCAGGUUCUCUGGCAGCUUAAAGGGUGGAGACCAAGUGACCAGUUCAAUUGAAAGGCCUGUGUGCAGUAUGGGUCCCCUGACCAGUAUGCAGGUCAUUAAACCAAACCACAUGCUAGCUCCACAAGUGGGCACAGCCACCCUGUCUCUUAAGAAAGAACGGCCUCGCAUCUAUACAUCCCUUGAUCCUUUUAGAGUGAACACUGAGUUUGUGCUGUUGACCGUGAAGGAGGAGAAGGAGCACCAGGAAGCCAAGAUGAAGGAAUAUCAGGCCAGGGAGUCCACUGGAGUGGUUGAUCCAGGAAAAGCCAGCAAAGCUGCAUGGAUCAGGAAGAUCAAAGGCCUGCCUAUUGAUAAUUUCACGAAGCAAGGGAAAACAGCGGCCCCUGAACUUGGACAAAAUGUAUUCAUCUAAACCAGCCUUGGGAAAUUACAAUGUUUUACAAUAAACAGAAAGCCAAGCGG